AUGUCUCCUCAGCCCUGGGAACCGCAAGCUCAGAAAGCCCGAGACAUUCUCCAACAGUCUAUCCCGGCUCAAUGGCUGCUCCCUAGCGAUCAAUUGCCUCCCGCAACCCAGAAAAAUGUCGAGGACUUCCCUCGAAAGAGCGGUCUUCUCAGCGCCCGGGAGCUCGACAUCACUGAAAAGACCGCGAUUGCUCUUAUGGCAGAUAUGGAGGCCGGCAUCCUGAGCGCAGAGGAGGUGGUGAUUGCCUUUUUGAAGCGUGCCGUCUUGGGACAUCAACUGCUCAACUUUGCCACUGAGUUCAUGACAGAAAAGGCCAUAUCGCGAGCCAAAGAGCUGGAUCGAUACAGGCAACGAACAGGAAAGAUCAUAGGGCCACUGCACGGAGUCCCAAUCAGCGUGAAAGAACACAUAGGAUUUAAAGACCGCACAUGCAAUGGCGGCUACGUGGCAUUAGUGGACCACAUAGCAGCGCAGGAUGCACUUCUCUUACAGAGUCUGGAGAAGGCGGGGGCCGUAUUCCACGUCCGCACGAACCAGCCCCAGUCUCUAAUGCAUCUCUGCUGCAGCAACAACAUCAUCGGGACUACAGUAAAUCCAUACAAUCGCACCCUCAGCCCCGGUGGCUCGUCAGGCGGCGAGGGGGCUUCGAUGGGAUUCAAAUGUGCACCCCUCGGUAUCGGAUCAGACAUUGGGGGUUCGAUCCGAGCCCCUGCUGCAUUCUGCGGAGCCUACGGGUUCCGGCCCACGGCGCACCGGAUCCCGGGCACUGGGGUCUUCCUCCCGGGUCCUGGCCAAGAGUCUAUUCUCGGUGUCGUCGGCCCUCUGGCAAGUCAGAGCAUCGAGGACUUGGAGCUCUUCCAGCGGGUGGUCAUUGACCAGGAACUAUGGGACAUUGAGACGUCCCUGGCUCCAGUCUCUUGGAGACGGGUGACGCCGAGCAGGGACAUGACAGUCGCCAUCAUGUGGGAUGACGGAUGCGUUCGCCCGCAUCCACCGGUAACGCGAGCCCUCAAGCACGCCCAAGAGCAGCUCCAGGCAGCAGGCAUCAAGGUCGUUGACUGGGAGCCCUACAAACACGCCCAUGGCUGGAACAUCGUGUCAUCCCUUUACUUCUCCGACGCAGCGGCCAGCCAGCGCGCCCUCCUCGCCCAAUCCGGAGAGCCGAUCCUGCCCCUAACCGAAUGGGCCUUCCACUAUAGCAGCGACAAGCCGCUCACGAUAAACGAGAACUGGGCCCUCAACGCCGCGCGAGACAAGUAUCGGGACGAGUAUCACGCUCUCAUGAAGGCCCGCGGGGUGGACUUUAUCCUGAGCCCGGCGUACGUCGGCACCGCCUCUGUCCUGGGCGAGUCAGAGUACUGGAAUUACACGGCGAUUUGGAACAUCCUGGAUCAGCCUGCCGCGGUGUUUCCGAGUGGGUUGGUGGUCGAUCCGGUGUUGGAUCCGGUUGAUACGAGUUACUCGCCGAGGGACGCGACUGAUGCUCGUGAGUGGCGGAAGUACAGUCCGGAGAGGUACGAGGGCGCGCCGGUGGGACUACAGUUGACGGGUAAACAUUUCAAGGAUGAAGAGACGUUGGCUGCUGCCGGGUUGAUCUCAAGAGUUAUUCAAGGUCAGGAGGAGGUGGUGUCAAAGCUCUGA